AUGGACCUUGCUGGGGAAAUAGAUGCAGAAGAUGGUGAUGGAACUCCUCCUGCAACCAGUGAGCAUGCAGUGGAAGCCUGUGAACCAAAUUUGAUGGAGAGUUUUGCUGGUUGUGAGGACCAGGUGGAUGUGCCUACUGCUGAGGCCAACGUCAGCAAAGGUGCCAUUCUUGAGCCUCAAAAUGGUUUGGAAUUCGAGUCAAAGGAAGCUGCAUAUUCUUUUUACCGAGAGUAUGCUAGAUCUGUGGGAUUUGGAAUCACAAUAGUUUCUAGUCGCCGUUCAAAAAGAUCUGGAAAUUUUAUUGAUGUAAAAGUUGCAUGUUCUAGAUUUGGAAGCAAGCGUGAAUCUAACACAACUGUCAAUCCUCGGUCAUGUACAAAGACUGGCUGCAAAGCACGCAUGCAUAUGAAGAGGAUGCAAGAUGAAAAAUGGAUAAUCCAUAGUUUUGUGAAAGAGCAUAACCAUGAAAUUUGUCCUGAUGAUUUUUACUAUGAUAUCAGGGGGAGGAACAAACAGCCUGAUGCAGUGGCAUGCGAAAAGAAAGGCCUGCAGCUGGUUCUAGAUGAGAAAGAUGUAGAACUGAUGCUUAAAUUUUUUAUGUGUAUGAAGGAUGAGAAUCCUGAUUCCUUUUAUACAAUGGAUUUUGAUAACGAAAAAUGUGUAAGGAGUGUGUUCUGGGUUGAUGCAAGAGGUAGACAUAAUUACAGUCACUUUGGUGAUGUGGUAUUUUUUGAUACCUUUUUUGUUAGAAACAAAUACAAGAUUCCUUACAUUCCUAUUAUCGGAGUAAAUCAUCACUUCCAGUACAUGUUGCUUGGAUGUGCUCUGAUUGGGGAGAGUACUACAUCAGCUUUUGUUUGGUUAAUGCGUUCUUGGCUUAAAGCAAUGGGUGGGAAAGCUCCCAAAGUGGUACUUACUGAUCAAGACAAAGUUUUGAAUGAAGCUGUUGCUGAUGUGUUUUCUAACUCUCGCCAUUGUUUCUGUUUGUGGCAUGUACUAAGUAAGUUUCCUGAGAAUUCAGGUUGCAUUAUGGAUCAGAAUGAGAAUUUCAUGAAAAAGUUCAAUAAAUGCAUAUAUAGGUCUUGGACACAUGAACAGUUUGAAGAGAGAUGGUGUAGGAUGGUCGACAAGUAUGAGCUGAAGGAACAUGAAUGGUUUCUUUCAUUGUAUAAUGAUCGGGAAAAGUGGGCUCCUGUUUAUAUGUGGCAUGUAUUUUUAGCUGGAAUAUCUACGACUGAGCGAUCUGAAAGUGUUGCAUCUUUCUUUGACAAGUUCAUGCAUAAUGCGGCUACAUUCAGUGAGUUCAUUGGGCAGCUUAAAUCAUUCUCAUUAGAGUUGUAUGAAAUGGAAGCCAAAGCUGAUUUUGAAACACAAAAUAACCAACCUUUAUUGAGAUCUGCCUCAGCAUUUGAGAAGAAAAUGUCCAUGAUAUUUACAGAUAUAGUAUUCAAGAAAUUUCAAGCAGAGAUUUUGGGAAUGGUGUCUUGUCACCUACAGAAGGAAAGUGAAGAUGAGGACUCUGUUGUCUUUCGAGUUGAUGAUUUUGAAGAACGUCAAAAUUUCCUUGUAGUUUGGAGCAAAAGAGAAUUUGAUAUAUGCUUUGUCUGGUGUUUCUGA